GAAAUUAAUUAAUUUUCGUAAUUUAACUUAUUCAAUCACAAAAAUUUUGAUUAAGCAACUCCCUGGUUCUCAAAAACUCGCGUAAAGAUCAAAAGAAUAUUGGUAACGCUUUUGAACACACACAAUACGGCUAUAAUUAUAGAAACUAUUGUGGGACAAUGGUUUACUUGCAAGCUCUCUUGAUUACCAUCACAUAGUUUUUUAUAACAUGCGAAGAUAUGAAAAGUCUAGAAAAACGUAAACACGAGAGUGUUUUUCCAAAAAUUAUGAUAUUCUGUCUUAGUUUUUUAUUGUUUUUGUUGAUUUCGUUUUCAACGAAGGGAUUAUAUAUACACGAAGAACAUUCAGUUCAGUUUGUUAAAGUUUUAAAUAUUCAAUCACAAAUUCAAAGGAACCUCAAAAAUAGAAAGAUAGUCCUACUUAUUGGGAUUUUUACUGCAAGUAAAUACAAAAAUCGUCGAGAUGACAUUCGAGACACGUGGAUGAAAACUUGUCAUGAAUAUAAGGGAUGCAAAAGCCUAUUCAUAUUGGAUGGAUUAACAGCUGACGGAAAGCCAUUGGAUAAGAUCAUAAUGCAGCUACAAAAUGAAUCUAGUCAUAAUAACAAUGAUAUGAAAAUUUUACGGACGCCUCUUGGAAGGAAUUUUGCGCUGAGGAUUUUAGAAAGUUUAAGGUUCGCUUUUCAGGAAUACGACUUUGAUUACUUCUUGAGAGUGGAUGAUGAUUAUUACCCGUGCAUCCAUCGUCUUAUGUUCGAGCUACCUAAACGCAUGAACCUUGAGUACCUUUUCUGGGGUUUUACUAGAUGCUCCCCAGCGAGAAUUGACGAAGGUUUCGUUGUGUUUAAUAAUAAAUUAGCGAUACGGAUUUUGGAAGACGAGAAUUCGUUGAUUUGUACAGACUUUGGCACAACUUCGAUUUCAAAAUGGGUCAUGGAUAUAUCAAGAACUCAGAAUGUUUCCUGGUUUGCUGAUAAUGAGCGCGUAUGGCAUCACCCACCUGUGUCUCUCGUACCUGAGCUUAAAAAAAAAACUGAGAUUUGUCAUACGUACCUUGCUUUGCAUGGAGUUUAUUUUGGCGAUAUGAAAGUGUUUCAUAAAAUCAUGCUUGGUGAAAACAAAACUGAUUAUACGCUAAAUACGGUUAAAAAUCACUGUAAAUUGCCCAAACAUAGAGUGUUUCCAUUGUGGAGUCUAGAUCCGGACGGUUUAUGUCAGGAAACUCCCUUAUUUGAUCUAUCCAAUAAGAGAGGGACUCCCUAUAGGGGAAGAGAAAGCAUGGCUGGACAAAAUUUUACCAUGAAGCAAAGACAUUUGUAAAUGACAUAUUUUAUCGAAGAAUAACUGGGAAAUAAAAGGAAAUGACACCUGGGAAACUUAAUCAUGACAAUAUGAUCACCACGCAUUAACCGAUGAAAUUUUAUUGCCCGUCUUUCAUAUAUAUGUUGGGCACUUGGUCUCGGCUAAUAUUAACAUAAUUCCAUUGUUGUUAAGCAAUACAAAAUUUUCUUUUUA